UGAGGGUACAGCUCAGCCAUUGUGGUGCGCACUGUACCAUAUACUCCACACUAGAAACUGUCAUUUUGGCAGUUAACUGAACCCUGCUCUCUCUCUCACUUCAGAGUUCUUGCUGAGCCUAUCUAUAUAUACUUGUGGCUUUACAAAUUCAGAGCUAUUUAAAUUCCUCAUACUCUCUCUCUCUCUCUCUCAAGAACCUGACUCACUGCCCACAUUGAUUCCUCUGUUUUGAAGAGUUGGUGCUUUCGAAGCUGUUUUGAGGAUGGAUCAAGAAGAAGACCCAGAUGACCCAUGCUACCUCUGCCGCCAAUGCGGGUACGACAUUACAGACAUCGACCAGUUAGUUUCCAAGGAUAUAGUGAUGGAGGCGGGCAUCUUCAAAGAUGAUGACUAUAAGGAUGAUGGUGGUGACCCAGCAUAUAAUCGAAUGGAGGGUACUAACGAGGUUUAUGAUGUUAUCUGUACUGAGUGCGACAGCCUUUUGGGUUGGAGAUUUAUUAAAGUGUCAGAGGAAACCGAUGUACUUAAGACUGGAAGAGUACAAGCGCAUUUGAACAAGCUCCUGAUGUGGGAUGGAAGCGAGAUGCUGUAUCCAGAUACACUAAUGGUUACAUUCAAUCAAACAACAGCUGCCCAUUUCUUCCUCUGCCGUCAAUGCAGUACCCCCCUUGUCUUGGUUAGCGAUUUAAUGCAUCUCAUCCCAGACAUAAUGAUCAACGCAGGCAUCUUUCGAGAUGUUGUCAACGUGGAUGUUGCUGGCGAAGCACAUUAUCGAGCAGAGGAUGCUAACGUGGUUACUGAUGUUAACUGUAAAGGUUGCAGGAAGCUUUUGGGUUGGAAAUUUGUUUUUGUGCCAGUGCAAACCAAGGAGGUUCAGACCGGAAGAUUCCUACUGCAUUUGGAAAAGCUGCUGAGGUGGGAUAUAAAUGAUGAACCUGUUGAAAAUGCUUGAAUAGGUAGUAGAUAAGACAUUCGCAAUAACAACUUAUGGAGGACUCAUAUAUGCAUGUAGUAUCAAAUUCAUCCAUUUUUUUGUUCUCUUAGAAUUCUGAUUUGGUGUUUUCUCUAGUUCACGCGAUACUCUAUAUGGAGCAAGGGGCAUAAAGUUAAUAGUUAAUAGUUGUUUUUGGAUAAGCACUUUUUAUGCGUGUACUAUAAUUUUUGUUACAAUUGAAAGUUGAUUUUAAACCAUGUUUGAAGUAGCUUAUCUGCAUAUAUUUUGCAAUUAGCUUUACUUUCAAUAAUUUGUUCUGUUUUCUUUCUAUGCAAUUCAAUGUAAGGAUUUUGGACGUGUGUUUGGAUAGAGAAAUUAGGGGAAUCAGUGAAAAAGUUGCAGACUAAAAGAUUAAAAUUUCAUAAAUUGUCUGUUAAAUUGCAUGACAUUAAUAUUGGAAAUGGAAAUGGCUACAAGAAAUUUAACAACCCUUUAAGGCAUGUAUAUAGCUUCAAAUGAUGUACUGCCCUUGAAGUUUAUAUAGCAUGAAACAUUUGUAGAACAGCUUCCAAAUAAAGAGUCCCAAAUAAAUUUUAUACUAUUGAAUUGUGUUUUUUAUGCAUUUAAGGUUCUUCUUAGAUUUUUCAAAGAAUCACAUAUUGAAUUGAGCUUAAUAAAACCAAUUCAUAAGUUCUAGAAAAAGGCAUUGUUCAACUUGAAAGUAAAAAAUCUAAAAUAUAAAUAAGAAAAUGAGGCAACACAUGAUCA